GUGAUGUUUUAGAUUAGAUUUCCUUUGUGCAAUGGUUCAAGCAAUAUCAUACGCGCUUGGAGGGUAGGUUGAUUGAAUGAGGCGUCAUGAUAUAAACAAAAAUCUUUUAUUGAAUUUUCUUGUAUAGUCAAUUCAAUUGCUUACUUACCACCGCCAAGCACUACAAGAUAGAGUAUUUGUGCUUCCAUCGGUUAUAAAGAACACCACGCAUUGAUGAGUGGAGUAGAAACUACGGUGUCAAUAACAACCAUAUUUGCAAACACGACUUCCAAUGAAUUAUGUAACGGAUAUUUAAAACAUGGGCCUAUUCUAAGUUUUUAUGCUGUUGUCUCUUCAAUUUUGAUAAUAUGCAAUACUGUUAUCUUGAUCGCUGUCGCGAAAAAUUGGAUGGUGUUGAGACAGAAUGUUGUCUACAGAUACCUGGUCAGUUGCCUCAUUUCCGCCAUAGCAUUCUGCACAACCGCGAUGAUUGAUAUGCUGGUAUCUUAUGUACAAUUCAAUUCUGCAUACGUUGAAGGUGGAGUACUUCAAAGAUAUAACUGGAAAGAUGAUUCGCAUAUAGCGAUAAUGAAAAAGGACUCAUAUGUGAAAGGCUUAUUAGUCGCACUCUUGCUUAUUAUGCAAUUUAACGUAGCUGCGGUUCUGUAUGGAGUCAGCGAUAAUACGGUUUAUGUGAGCCGUUCGGGUCAAAUUAAGGACGACAAUAGGAGAAAUGCAUUCAGGUCUCGUUCGAAGCAAUGGAAGCGAUAUAAAUCAGUAUUCGUUAUCGCCUUUGCAUGGUUCGUACCAUUGGUAUUGAGCCUUCCGGUUGGGUUUUCGUGGAAUUGCAUUGAACAAUGCAAGUGUCUUCCCGUGUAUCGUUUAGAACCUUAUUGCUUUUCCACUCAUGAAGUAUCAUGCUCACGGAUUUGGCCACCGAUGUCUAGAAGUUACGUCAUCGUGACAACUGUACUAUAUUUUGUUACGGUGCUAUGUAUGGUCCUUACUUUAAUCUCCACUAUCAGGCAGUUCUACGUCAGCCAUGCACCUGCCAACGUGGGUGGUGAUAGAACAAAAGAACCCCAAGGCGUUGCGACCGCGGCCCAGAUUCCAGAUUCUUCUGGUACAAUCCGGUUUGCAAUGAAUUCGGAAAAGAAUUCGUCUUGUCGUGAUCAAUCAUCUGUUGAACGUACAAGGUCUUAUUCAAUUGCGUCCACGAUAUAUGGAAGAAGACGAUCACCCCCUUUAGAUAACACCAUAAAGCUUUUGAUUGUUCUCACCGUUACCUUGUUCGUGUCGAUGACUCCACUAAUGCUUGUCUGGUUUUUAGAUAUUUUGUUGGAUGAAGCUCCAAACGUCAAUGUUUUAUUGUUUACGUUGGCCAUGACGUAUCUGUAUGCUGCAUGCUUGCCGUUUAUCAUGUUGAAGUACAUGAAUGGUCUUCGAAAUACAUGCAUCAAGAUUCUGAUGAUAUGUCCAUGUACAAGUACAACUUCUGUGACAUCAGGACCAACGCUUAAAGAAAGUAAGUUGGCCCAACCAAGUGGAGAAUUGAACUUGGAAGUACAAAACGAUGUUAACGACGUAACGAUUGUUUCGUCAGAUUUGUGAUGUGAUGCAAAAUGAGAAAACGAAUGCGAAUGCAACCAUAACUACACUGUUGCUUUGCCAAUAUAGUAUUGAAACCUAAGAACUAUUUUUAAUAUCUAUACCGGACGAUGUUCAGACAAAAUAUUAUCAGGGUUAUGGUAAUUGCCAAGUUCGGUAAGAUAUAUAUUGAAGUUUGCCGUCACUAGGAAUCGCGGUGUAAGUAUGUGAAAUCGAUAGCGUGGUAUUGAGAUGCUACAUGGCAAUAUGUGCCGAAUUAUAUGAUUCUUCACUGUAUCCCCUCUACGAGGGAGGCCAUUCAAAUUAAAAUUGGAACCAUGUCACCAUCUCUACACUCUUCUAUUCUUUCAUUUCACUCGCCCCCGUGUUUUUACAUAACACACUGCACGACAGUAGACGUAUUGUGUAGCUGUCAUUGAAAUCGAUCCCUACGUCUAUAUGACAGUCUAAUGAGCCCUCUACAUGAAUCACUCUACAUGAGGUCAUUCAAAUGGCGAUUGCCACCGCAUAUUCAGCUCUAUUAACCAUAUUGAAAGUAUUUCACUUUUCUUAUUUGAUAUAUUUUACAAAAGUUCUUCUUCUUAGUCCUCAUGUAGCCUAUAUGUUAAAAAUUAUAUUAUAAAAAUUCAAAAUUACAAAUUCGGAUCUCAAAUUAAAGUCAACAUAUGGGGAUUUGUAAAAAGGAUGAAACCUUUAUUGAGCGACGAAUAGCGAGAAAGAACGACAAGUCUGUUGAAGCAGUCAAAUUUUUAGGACAUUGGGCGCGAACUGUUUUGUUUUUGUUUUUUCAAUUCAAUUUAAUAACACAGCAUAUCCCCUAUUUAUACUGGAUGUUGUUUACAUUGUUUGGCAAUGGUUCACAUCGAAACAUUAUUUUGUAUUGAUAUCACAAUAUAUAUAUACUGUUAAGUAGACAUACCGUGCUUAAAAUGUGACAGUUACGUAGACGGAAAAAAAGACGUCCACUGUUCACUUAAUUAUUCCACUUUCUAUAACUAAAAUGUUUUGCAGUUAAAUCUCUCUUUCUUUGAUAAAAUAUUAACAAAAAUAAUGGGAUCCAUCAAUAUUUUCAAAAUAUCUGCAUAUCUUCACUAACUUUGAGCGGACAGUGGUUCUCCUAGUUUAUAUUCAACGGGUAUAAUUUUCGUACAUUGAGUGGACAUUUUGUUUAGGCAAAGAUCUUUUAAUUUUUCAGUAUAUGUCUUUACGAGUUUUGGAGUGUGGGUUUGAUAAUUUCAAUAUAAUAACCAGGCAAAAUAUGAAUGUCAUCCGUACUG